AUGUCAGACACAACCCUCAAGGAGUCUGAAGCCUCUGAACCUCGGGCUGUAGUUACAGAUCAAGCUUCUUCUGGUCCUGUUGUUGAAGGCCCCACCGAUUCCUCUUUUGGUGAGCACAAUCUUAGCUUCACCACCACAGACCUCAACCUGGUGGAGAUGACAGAAAUAGAAUACACACAGCUUCAGCACAUACUCUACUCCCAUAUGGAGGCCCAGUCAAAUGAAAACGAAGUGGAAAGUAGGCUAAACUCUAAUUGCUUCUCAGCCAACAAUGCUGCAAAUCAGUCCCAGUACUUGUCAUCAUGUAGUAACAGUCAAGGUGGCUUCUCAUCAAACAGCUCUGGAAACCAGUCUCUCUACCCCAUUAUCUGCCAGUCUGGCUUGACUUCUGACAGCAGUUUCAUGGGGCCUAAUCAAUGUCUAGGGCAUAUUGACUUUCAAGAGCUAAGGAUGAUGUUGCUUAGUGAAUCUAGUCUUCCACCAGUCCAAGCUGAAAAAGCACCUAAUGGGAGCUCCAUAGAUACAAACGGGCAAAAUUUAGUAAAAUUAAAACAUAGUGAAACCUCGGGCGGGAUAAAUAAAGAAAAUGUAGUUGCCGAAACUUUAGCAGCAGUUCCUGAAUCCAGAGCCAAAUCUGCAGUCCGUGUUCGGUUAGAAGACCGAUUCAACAGUAUCCAGACUGAAAUUCCCAGGUGCCAAGAAACUCAAGAAACUGGAGUAGCCAUUAACAACUUAGUAACCCUCAUUCGCCAUCCUUCAGAAGUGAUGGGGGUUCCUCUCCAUCAGCAGCAGAAUAAAUGUACUACGUUAGUGAAAAAUAAGACUGCUGCCACCGCGACGACUGCAUUACAAUUUACAUGUCCAAUAUUUACUCCAAACACUGCUUCUCCUGCAACUGGAAACAUGAAUACUUCGCAAACACAGAGCUCUGGAGCCAGUGUUCUAGAAGCAGCCAAACAUCAAGACCUUGGAUUACCUCGAGCUUUUUCUGUAUGUUACCAGCAGGAAAUUGAAGCAACCAAACAAACAGUUGGUACCAGAAAUAAAGCUGUACCUGAACACGUUUGGAUUAAAUUGGGAGGAGAGGCUUUAUGUAAGCAAACAAUAAAUAGAAGAAGCCGUAGUCGAAUCCACCCCUUGGAUCCCAACAUGCAGCGCAGACCUCUUGGUGAUAUUCAGAAUGUGUGUGAUAAUCAAACUGCUGUUCCAGCUCAGAGUUCAUGGCAACCAGUCCAGCCAACCCAAAAUGCACACAAUGGAGGCCAAGGCAGUGUCUCUCAGCGCCGGGAGAGGCAUAACCGGAUGGAAAGAGACAGGAGGCGCAGAAUCAGGAUUUGCUGUGAUGAACUGAAUCUUCUUGUUCCAUUCUGCACUUCAGACACUGAUAAGGCAACAACAUUACAAUGGACAACAGCAUUUCUAAAAUAUAUUCAGGAGCGACAUGGGGAUUCCCUGAAAAAGGAGUUUGAAACUGUAUUCUGUGGUAAAACAGGCAGAAGACUAAAAUUAACAAGAUCAGAUCCAAUAGCAACCUGUGCAGCCCAGGAGAUUACACAGAAUGGUACAUCCAUGGACAUGAAAUAA